CCUUGGAAGAGCAGACCACAACUUGGAUGAAAUUGGAGGACCAGCUACAGGCCAGUAAUGUCACUGGUGUCUGGAGGGGCCUGAAAACCAUCUCAGGCCACAACAGCCCAAAGACAUUGACUGAGAAGGACAAGGACUGGGCAGAUGAACUGAACCUUUUUUUCAACCGGUUUGACCAGACGUCUGUCCGUUCCCCCAACCACCAGCUGCACCCACUCUCACUGAGGACUUCUCCUCCCCCUCCUCUUUCAACCAGCUCACAACAACCCAGUCUGUCACCUUGUUACUGCCUGUCCGUCACAACAGAGCAGGUGAGGAACCAACUGAGGAAAAUGAAUGUGAGGAAGGCAGCAGGUCCGGACAAGAUCAGAUCUCGGCUCCUCAGGACCUGCUCUGACCAGCUGUGUGACAUUGUCCAGCACAUGUUGAACCUGAGCCUGAAGCUGGGCAGAGCUCCACAGCUGUGGAAAACUUCGUGCCUGGUCCCAGUGCCCAGGAACCCCCACCCUCAGGAGCUGAACAGCUACAGACCGGUGGCGCUGAUGUCUCACCUGAUGAAGACGCUGGAGAAGACUCGUCCUUGCCUACCUUCGACCGCUGGUGAGCUCGGCACUGGUCUCGCUGCAGUUUGCCUAUCAGCCUGGCAUCGGCGUGGAGGACGCCAUCAUCUACCUCCUCCACUCAGUGCUGUUACACCUGGAGGAGACUGGGAGCACUGUUGAGAAUCAUGUUCUUUGAUUUCUCCAGUGCCUUCAACACCAUCCAACC